CACGAUACUUCUACAUGGCGCAACGCUUGGCACAUCGAUCGUUGGGAUAUUUGACUAAAUCUGUAUAUGACGCCGUAGUUGACGGGCUGCUUGGUUGUUGGAUCUAUCAAAUCCUUUAUUGUGUAUAUUAAUUCCAUGCUGGCUGUACCUACUAAUCAACUCAAUAAGCAUACAUACGUGCAUCAUGUUUCUUCCUCACCAUCCUGUCAAAUGGCUGCCGUUGUUGGAGCUCAAACAACGCCUUCCCUAAUCAAUUACAACAUCAUAACACCACCAACAAGGGCAGCAACACCAGCCAGUAGACCGUUCUGGGCGUUUACAAUGCCUGCAGCAUUGGUGCUUGAGGGACCGGCCGUAGAAGAAGCGGUACGAGUGCUGUUACCAGUGCUUGCAGCGGAUGUCUGCCUGGCGAGAGUCGUAGAUGUAGAGCCUGUAGGAGCAGCCUGGGAGGCGCCGGUGUUGGUAGGGGCAGGGGUUGAGCUAUCGGUGGCCGAGGCGCCGGGAGUGGCCUUGAGCUUUUCGAGACCGGCGGUGAUGGUGACGGGAAGCUGGAAGGUGAGGAAAGCCUCAACUCCAGAGCUGCCGGUAGCAGAGAUGCUGCCGCCCGUUACCUGGGCGAAAGCCAUGCUGCAUGAAGCAGCAUCCUUGGCAGUGUUGAGCACGCAGGUACCACCCUCGGAACUAUAUCAGAAGCGUAAGUGUGUCUCCUUAAGUAGUCAAAAGUGAGGUUUAUGCUCGUCUCGCGUGUGAGCCUGGCUAUUGAAAGGAUUCCAGGUUUUGGCUC